AUGCUUGUUGCUGCUCACAGCGGAACCCUAGAGAAAACAGCAGCGCACUUGCUCUUCUCAGCCCUGAACACGUACCGGUUGUUAUUCUUGUCGCUCUCAACGCAGAAGGGGCGCCAAAGCAUGGGGUCCUCAGAUGUAGCGCCCGCGGAAGGAGAAGCCAGCAUGCCGAAGGACUUGUCGCUGGCAAUCUCCGUGCAGCAGAAUCUCAAGCUGUGUGCCGCAGCAGUUGGUCAGAUGCGGCAGGAGGCGAUCGCGCACCGCAAGCUGGCGGACGGGAUGCCCUCGCGAGCGCACGAGCUGCGCGAGGCUCAGGCGGAAAACGAGCGGCUUAAGAGGAUACAUGACGCGACGCGUUGCCGGUUGCAGACGAUGCAGGAGGAGAUGGAGGAGCUUCAGCAGUUGACUCGGCUCCUGAUCGCCUCGCGAACUGGCCAGGCGGGAGCAGAGUACUAG